AUGGUUUCCACAUGGCCCGAUAUCUCUCAUCUUGCGAUAACAAAGCCGGAGCUGAUCGGAGUCCUACAACAAAUGGGUCCUCAAGUCAAGUGGCCUCCUAAGAUGAAGGCCUCGAAGGUUAACCGAAACCCCAAGCGAUGGUGCGAGUUCCAUAGUGAUCAUGGCCACACUACAGAGGAUUGUAUAGCCCUGAAGAUAGAAGUCGCCGAGCUUCUAAAGAAAGGCCACCUGAGAGAGUUCCUCUCGGAUAAGGCCAAGAACCUUCUAAAUAAAGAAGGUCCUGGUCUUCCUACCGAAGCGGCUCCCGCGUUGCCACAACAACAAGACCGGGUGAUCCAUGUCAUCUCAGGCAGAUCAGAAGUAAGCGGAAUCAGCAGUGCUGCUGCCAAGAGAAGCACUCGCAACGCCAGAAACAGUCAAGAAGCCGAGGGUCCUAAGCGCUUACUCCUAGGAACAGAUGAGAUCAGCUUCACCGCAAGGGAGCAGGAGAGGGUCCUAGCUCCUCACCACGACUCCCUUGUUAUUUCACUUACCAUAGCGAACUGCUUGGUCAAGCGAAUACUGGUGGACAAUGGGAGAUCUAGUAACAUUAUCUUCCACUCAGCCUACGCCAAUCUAGGGUUAGAACCUAAGGCCCUAACGAGAAAAGCGACCCCUCUUGUAGGCUUCAGCGGAGAAGUAAAGCAAACCUUAGGAGAGGUCCUUCUCCCAGUAUACGCCGAGGGGAUAAACCAGGCCACGAAGUUCCUAGUCGUCGACUGCCUUUCAUCGUAUAACGUGAUACUAGGAAGGCCUUGGAUCCACGACAUGGGAGCCGUACCUUCGACUCUGCAUCAACUGGUUAAAUUUCCAACUCCCCGGGGCAUUAAGGCGGUCAAGGGAGAUCAGGAAAAUGCCAGGUCUUGCUACCAGACUACCCUGAAGGGAUAG